UCCAUUAGCUUCACUUAUCUAAUGCUCACACCGAGGUAGGCCAAUGCCUCUAAUGCCAAUUAAAUGCCUCUUUAUCUAGUUAUAUCUUCCCCCCUCACCUUCUUCCUAUAUAAACACUUGUGGUCUCUUUAAAUUUUCCAACCAACACAAGCAAGAAACAACAAUUCUCUUAUAUUUCCAUAGCAAUACAUAGUUGUACAAUGGCAACCCUAGCUGAGAACGUUGUUGUUGCCGAGGAUCAGACGCCAGUGGAGGAGAAGGUGAAUGGUGUAGAACAGAAGGCUACAAAUGGGGUGAACUGUGAGAAUGGAGUAAAGGUUACUGCAGAGCCAGUUUUGGACAAAGUUCAAGAAGAGAUGAAAGCAGCCAGAAAAGAAGCUGAAUGUGAGGCGCCAAAGGAAGAGGUAAAGAAAGAAGAGGUAGCAGUUGAAGUUGAACCGAAAACUGGGGUUUCUUUUCCAGUUAAGUUGGAUGAUGGGAAGCAGUUACUGAGUGUUGGUUUGAGGAAGAAGUCCAUGCUUGGCAUGGGCAUCAAGAUUUAUGGCUUUGGCAUGUACACAGACAACGAGAAACUGAAAGAUCUGCUCAAGUCAAAGAUUGGAAAAGCGCCGGCAAAACCAACGAAGGAAAUGUAUCAGUUAGUAAUUGACAGUGAUUUGGCUACGAUGGUGAAGUUGGUGAUUGUGUUUUCCGGCCUCACCAUGAAUAUGGUUAAGAAAAACUUUGAUGAAGGUCUAGGAGCAUCAAUCAAAAAACUGACUGGUGGAAAAAAGAAUGAAGAGCUUGCAAACAAGGUCAUGGGUCAAGCAUCAGAUGAGAUUAAGCUAACAAGCGGCUCAGUAAUCGAGAUUUCUCGCCUUCCUGGAUAUGUUCUUGAAACUAAGUUGAUGGAUGAGGUGGUUAGCAGAGUUGAAAGUGAACUUCUUUGCAGGGCAUACAUAAACAUGUAUCUAGGAGAUGACCCAUUUGACAAGGAUGCCAAAGAAAAAUUUGGGAUGUCCUUGCUUUCUCUAUUCUAGUCAUAUAUCAGAAUUAUUUUCUGGCAGAAAAGAAUAAUAUGUCUAGGUCUACUUCCUAGUGAGUAGUGACAAAUCAAUUGCUCAAUAAGGAGGAUGAUAGAGAGAUUGAAGCUGUUUAUGUGACAGAAUCUCAGUGUUGUCAAUCCCCAUUCCUCUAUGUUGUAUUUGCUUAACUUCAUGAAUUUAACUAUUUUACUUUCAAACAAAA